CAGGUGAACAAAACCCUUAAAGGUCUAGUGGAAAAGGCAGUAAAUCCCGAGACAGACGAAAUUCAAACGCUGUCAAACUCACUUAACGAAUUCACUUACGCUUUCGUAGACCCGCUGAGAUCGGACAGUGAUACCAGGCACACGUUUAAAAGUUGCUUGGAUUUUAUGAUAGAUAAAGCCAUUGAUGAAGGACAAAAGAAGGUAAUGUAUACGUCCACCUGACCGGCACGUAUCUUAAAACUCCUUUCUUGGUUAUUUUGCUUUCGAUUUAGUACAAACCGCCAAGCAACCAGACUUUGCAAAAAAGCAUGUUUUAUUUUUAAAGUGGAAAGCCACUAGCUAGGCGUCUCUGCUCCCUUAGUGCCCAACUCUUUAAAACCCACGCUACUUAUUGAUAAUGCAAGAAAACACGUUUGUAAGAGAGCAAUAGAGAGGAGAAAUGUGACGUCACAUUACCAUGGUAGCAAAAUUUUAUGGCGGCGACAACGAGAAUGGCAAAAUAUAUAGCAUUUGACCACUCCAGAAAAUACCAUAACAUACCAUAAUGCUCCUUUUUUGUCACCCCGAAAAUUUGAAUAAGCAUUGUUUUCAGUUUCUCUUGGGGCCAUUGUAACUCCCAAGAGAAACUGAAGACACUGCUUAUGCAAACUUUGGGGUGACAAACAAAGAGCAUUAUGGAAUGCUGUGAUGUUUUCUGGAGUGGUCAAUAGGUUAAGAUUAGCAAAAAAACAACUUUGCACGUCCAUCAAGCCUAUUUGUACAUUUCUUAACCGACGUAAAACUUCCUAAUUUCACGUGCUCGCUUCAUGCAGCAGGUGAACACAACACAAAAAUUUUCUCUUCCUUUUUGUAAACUUAGAUACCGUCCUUUCAGAUUCAAACCCAGACAUUUCGCCAACAUCUAACAGACUUAAUGAAACUGAAUAAAAUCGAUGAAGUUUUAAACAGUGUGAAUUCACUUUUUAAGUGACGUUUUCGGUUUGUUCUCAUCCAGAAAUUUUGCUACCAUGGCAACGUGACGUAACGACUUCUCUUUUCUGUUGCGAGAUUCACACUCGUUGCCUGGUUUCUAACAGAGAAGGACUUUUUCUUUUUUCUAGCUAGGUUUCCUUUUUUUACUUUUUUUCAGUUUGUAUCCCACCCAGUUGUUUAUAACCUGCUAAAUUCAAGGUGGUACCGUUCGUUUAACGCCGUGCGAAAGCAGCCGUGGACGUCUCUCAGACGCUGGGGAUAUAUGCUACUUAGCUUCUGGACUGUUAUUGAUAUUGUCGUAUUUCCAUUUCUCUUCGCCUUUUUCUACAUUCUUCACUUCAUAUACUUGUGGUUAAGGAAGUUGAGAGGUUUGUAAGGGUUGACGGUUUUUUCAUUUAUUGAAAUCACGAGAUCAGAUUACAAAAAAUCUCUUACCUAGAAGGUUUAUAAUGAUUUAAUUUAACUUUCCACUUAGUACAUUACUAUGAGUUACAUGCACUAGUGUUUGUAACCAGUCACUGAUGGUGUAAUUUCUUUGCAGAUACAGAUAUAUGUUUUGUCGUGACGCUGACCAGCGAUGCUUCAGACGAAGCGUUCGGUCUUAUCAAGAGGACGAUCGGUUUUCUUAUCCAAAAAUACGGCCUCUAUUCUGCAAAGUACUGUGUGAUUUUACGUGACUUUAACAAUGUAUCUACCAGCAAAAUUAGCUUCGAAGAGGAUUACUCGAGUGAAACUGAACUGCUUAAUAGGGUCGAGGCAAUGCAGAAAUUGAUUUCUCCUUCCUGGUUGUACAAGGAUUUAAGUGCUGCUCUAGCUGCUUUUAAGAGUUCCAGCGUUCGUAAAGACUCAAAGAAGGUAGGAUUCUAAACUUUAUUUCUAAGCCACGUCACAACACCUGAUAUAGAUGGUGGAUUCCUGAUCGCGCGAAUUUAAUUUCCAUAGGUUCCGAGCCCUAACUAGCCUGCGUAGCAGGCGCUGUUAUUUUCUUUCGUACGAAGCAGGUGCCCUUUUUUUUAGGACGACGAAGGGAGAAAUUUCCAGGACGAGCACACGCGAGGGGAGGAAAGGAGAGGCGGCCUUCUUUCCUCUUUGCGUGUUCCCCUCGCGCGCCUCAUAAAAAAUAACAGAACAAAUAACCGGUGCCCGCUACGCAGGCUAAGCAGUAACAGACAAGAAUAUGAGAUUCAGAAUGGGAAGUCAACUUUUUUUCUCAAAAGCCGAGGUAAUACUGACACCCUCAAAAAUUAUUAUUUACCUUUAAAAUGAAAGCUUUCAGACGCCGGGGGUACUUAUCAAAGCCUUAAGGGGGUGGUUUCCUCCACAAGGGCUAGCCCCUUUCCCUUACGGACACUAACGGUAACUUUAUCGAACACUUCCAUCGACAAAUGGAACCCCUUUUAGGUAGCGACAAAACUGAACACUUCAUCCCUUGGUCUGUCUCUAAUAAAUUACUAAUUAUAACGUUUUCCAAGGGAUCAUAAUAGGAUCUGUCCUAUUAUGGCUCUUGCGUUUUCUUGUUAUUUUCAAUGCCCUAAAAUGUGUACAUAUAUGUUCGAAAGACUACCAAUAGCCAUUCAGUUAAUAACGACAUGAUAGAUUUCUCCACGCCUUCCUAUACAUAACAUUCAGCCCAUGAAAUCCCUCUCCUAUCAUACACUUGAAGCCUCAAUUUCCCUGGCUUUCGGGCGUAGCCACCCUGUGUUGGAGUAUCUUUCCCGGGCUUCAGAUACGGGAGAUGUUUCAGAUUAAGACUUAACUCACAGAAGAUCUCUUUUGCUUUUUUAUUAGCUCCUUAUCGUAUUUACAAAUGGCAAGAUAAGAAUGUCUCGAGAUGAUGGAACCGAGGAUCUACAUCCAAUAGUUGACGAACUUAAGGAAAUUGGAGCACGGAUUAUUUCCGUGGGUAUUGGAGCGGACACCACACUUUCAGAAAUGAAAAAAAUUGCAAGCAAGAACAAGACUGCCCUUCACUUUGGGGAAUACGAAGCACCAAAGACAUUAGGAAAAGCUAUCAUACAUGGUAACGGAAAUCGUUUUUCUUGCUAAAUGCUUGAAAAUGUUGCUUUAAGAUGUUGUAGUUUGACACUCUUAACUUUCUCCUUCUGCGCGAUGUUUCUGCUUCUCUUCAAAUAUUUCCUAAUUUUCUAAUCUGUUUUACAGGUGAAGAGGGAAAAGACAUAUUUGGUGAGUACUUCAGUAAUCUGGGUAGCAGUCGUGUUUAAAUAGUUGUUUUAAAGUUUACCGAAUCAUUGAAAUCAUUUCGAAAAAAAGGAAAAAGUUAUAUUUUAAUUUGUAAAUAAAAGAAAAAUGGAAAAGCAGUUUUUUUUGGAAAUAAAGAGUGCGCUUAGAAAGAGCUUGGAAAGGUAUUUUCGCGGAUUUUUUUGGGUGCACCUUUAUGAUGAUUUUGUUGCAAAUCCAGUGAGAAAAUAGUUUUCUUUCUACCAGUAAAACAUAUUAGUUCUUUUCUUGGCAUGCGUAGCUGCUUCAUUUAUCUCUAAAAGUUAUGUUUACUACCGUUCCAAAAAACAGUAAAUCUGAAUUUGUCGCAAAUCCAGUAAGAAAAUAGUUUUCUUUCAACGAGUAAGCAUAUUUAGUUCUUUUCUUGGCAUUUGCAGGUAUGGCAUUUGCAGAUAUAGCUGCUUCAUUUAACUUUAAAAUUUAUAUUUACUCCCGUUCCAAAAAACAGUAAAUAGCCUGGAAUAUUCCGAGUUAAAGGAACCAAUCAAAACGCGCAACACAUGGCUAUCCACUUAUUUGGUAAAUACCAAUACGUCUUGAAUAUACUGAUUCAUGCGUCAUUCAGUCUUACUCUACUUAUAUUUCUUUAUAUUGCUUUUUUGCGUAUUUUUUUUAAUAUUCUUCAACAGAUCGUUACCUUUACUACUUCACAACUCCAUACUUCGUCUUCCUUCGUGAUUCGCUGAGUUACUUAGCUCUGCUUGGCCUGCACUUUGACAUCUGUCUGUCACCUUCAACCCUGGCCUUCACAAAGCUUGAAUGGGUCAUUUUUCUUUUUUUCAUCGGGCGUAUCGUGAUAGAAAUUGACCAAUUUAUGAGCGUCAAGAAGUCUCGAAGGAAAGAACCCCUGGAAGGACAUUGGACUCCAGGAAAGGAAUCUAGGCAAAGGUUAUAUCGAGGCUCAAGCUACGAAGUAUGUGCGUCUCCUGAUGAUGUACAAGUUGUAAUGACAGCGGAGGAAAAUGUAACUCGCAAGAGGCUUAUUAAUUAUUUCAGGUACAUGAUUAAGGGCCUCUCAUACAUAAGCCCGGUUUCGAGAUCUCGCCUUACCUCUUAAUCCUUUGUAAAAUUUUCGAUGUGUUCAUAUGAGAGAGCGGGCUGGCUUGGCUCCCGAGAUCUAGGUUUUUCCAACUGGGAUCUUGGUUAGCGUGCUAAAAAUUUUGCCAUAUGAACACUUCAGCCCGGUUACCGGGAUGAAAGCGGGAUGAAUUCUGGCGGUCCGGAUGGCAUCAUCUUGCAUUGCCUGCUGUCCACAUCAGAAGCAUCCCAUUCAACUGCAGUGAUACAGCUUUAAGAGUUGCAGAAGCUAUGAUAGGCGCAAGAGUUAUAAUUGUUGUGUUUCGCCAUGUUUGGUUUGUUUCUCGAAUUUCGCGCCAGAACUUGUCCCCAGGAUCUUUGGCCGUUUCUCAACUCGGAAACCGGGCUGAAAUUCCUCAUAUGAACCCAAGGCGAAAUUCGUCGCGGUAACCGGGUUAGUCCGGUCAACCGGGCUCAUGUGAAGAAGUCCCAAGCCAGAGUAAACAGCCGAAAUUUCGCGACGCCAGUACUGGUUUCCCAACAAAAAUGAAGUCUGAGUAAUGAGCGCAGAAAUUCUAUACUGAUGACGUCUCACUACCAAGAUCUGGGUAGUGCUUCUGCUUGGUCAUGCCGCGUGGGAAAUUUGUUUUUAGCCAAUCAGAGGCUGAGACGUCAUAAGUAUGGACUUUCUGCUUGGACGCGGUCACCAAGAUUGAAAUUAGGGAGCUUUAGCAUCGACGACGGCAACGGCAGAACGUCAGUUUUGAAAUGAAUUCCCAUUUUUUCAAUCUUUGUCGCGUUUAUUCCAAUUUGCUGAAAAUGGCAAGUGUAGGCGAAUUUCCCUAGAGUUGAUUUCUUCAGGACCGCACUCAAGUUUAGAGAGGGAAAAAGAGAUUCGUCGUCGCCUGUUUACGUCCCCCUUAAAACUUGCAAUUAGGCAUUUUCACGUCGUAGUCAUGCAGGGAUGGUAAAGAAAUGUACAAAAAAGCGUGAUGUACGUGCAAAGUUGUUGUUUUGCGCAAUAAACCUAUUGCUUUUUUGACGUCCUCGUUGCCGUCGCCGUCGUCGUUGCUAAAGCUCCCUAUGCAAAUCUCGAAGGUAGCCUUUCCGCCAUGCGGCAAAUGGCGAGGCGAAAUGGUCAAGUACUGCUGUCUAUGAACGAGUAAUUAUCGUGCAGUUGCGAUGGUUUGGGGCAGGGAGCAAGAUACAGAGGAGCACAGGUGAUCUACGGUUUAGCUGAUCGCAAUUUGCAGCAGUUCGGUCGAUUAUUCGUGAAUUUAUAGCGCUUCGCGUGAAGAUGGACCGCUUUUUCUCUAGCCAGCCUUUCGGCUUCUUAUUUAGUGAAUGUGACCUCCGAUUGCAAAACUCGACAAAACUCCUUUUAAUGCAAGGUGAUUUUCAGCUAAAACUAUGAGAGCUUUCUUUUGAACAAUUUCAGUUCGAUCCUUUCAUACAAGCUUUGGCUGAAAAGAUGGGAGCAUCGAAUUCGAGAAACAUAACAGUGGAAAUUUCAGUUGAAAAAUAACCAGGACAAAUAAAUAGACAAUGAUAUAGUGAAUAUAUAUCACCUAUUUUUUUGGUGACUCCUCUUUAGUCGAACAUGGUCGACUCUCCAGCUCCGAUCCUCCUUAGUCGAUCUAUAUAAAUCCUAUGCACUAUUACCAGUGUUAGUCGACACAGAGCACGUCUGGGCUGCCUGUGAUAUGCCUUUCCCUCCGAUAUACGAACCUGUUAUUAGUCAAGCUUGCUUUAGCAGCGAGACUCUAAAAAGAGAGCGUUCCUUUUCCUUUUUUGUGUGUGCACGCCAAAAAGGGAUCAUAGUCCCUGGUGUUCCUAGCGGAGACCGUGGAAACUGAGGAUAAAUAUCGCGUGUCCUACAACACAUCCAGAGCGCCAUGCAUGUUUUUUGAAGAAAGUUUAGGAAAGAUUAAUGCCGAAGAUGUCGAGCUUUUCUGGAACGAGUCGGUCUACGAAUCUUAUCGCUUGAAAGCGUUGAUUACUUUGGAACAAAUGAAUAAUGGUUAAAAAAAGAGGAAUCUUUAUGAGUAAAACUUCAAUGGUGAGGCUAACUGGUCGGCUGUUGUAAACUUUCAUUGUAUGCAAAUGAGUCUUGUGAUGAGCAGGCCUUUUUUUUCGGCGAUGAACGAAAUAACGCGCCAUGUUCAUCACGUUUUUGCUCUUCAGCAAUGAAGUAAAACUUCCUCCCCAAUCGAGGCCCUUGAUUUUCGUGUAUUUAUACACACGUACUCAUUACAAACCAAUUCAAAAACAAAUCGUCGAAUACGAUAUAAAAAGUGAAUAUCUUGAAGAAUACUCAGCCGUCGAUAGAGUAAGACGUGAAAAAUUGUUAGCGAGGAAAUCCUGUUUCGUAUAGAAUAAAUCGCCUUCUAAUUUCUUAUCUCAUCUUCGAGCAACAAGUUCGUUGUUUUCGGCAGAAAAAAUAGUUAAAACAAAGUGACGAGUAAGUAAAGAAUAAUUUGUAAAAGUAAUGUUAUUCGGUACUUCAUAUUUAGGCAGAUCACAGUUGUAGUGCACGUUUUUGUGCAUAUUAAAAUUUGUGUUUCAUGAUUCUUUGGAUGAAUGUCCAUAAGACUGAAACUUGUCUUGUUUUUAGUGAUCGCUGGAACAUGCUAGACUUCAUCAUUCUUAUCAUCUACCUCGCAAUCUUCUUUUUGCGUAUGAUAAGUUGGGCUACAUCCUCUACGGUUUAUGACAACAGGGCUUUAGCUGUUGCUGGCUACCUCUAUGGUUUUGUCGCCAUGUUCCUUACCUUGCGAGUGUUUGGUCACGUGAUGGAGUCUAUCAGGGGAAUGGGCGCCAAGUUAAUUGCCUUUUUUUCCAUUAUGUGGGACGUGUUUGCGAUAUUUUGGCAGUUCGCAGCAAUGAUUCUGGCUUUUUCACUGGCAAUGACAAAGAUAUAUGUAGUAGAGACAUCGUAUACUUCAAACGGGACAUCAGUCGAAGAUCUGUAAGUACAUACAACUAGCAUCUACUAAUAUUUGUAAAGAUCUCACUUGUAUAAACAUUUUAUGGGACCAUGCGAUUCUCGCAUCUAAAACUGCUUCUUAAAGCUGGACUUUACCCACUUGUCUAUUUCAAGUAUUCAUCUUUCUCUUAGUUAUUGAUCAAUCACUCAAAAAUAGCAAUGGUCAUGAAGUUACCGUGAGAGGGCAUUAAGCGUCACAGCUCCACACUGAAUUCUGCCAUUCAUAAAUCAACCGUAUGUGAUAUACUUUUCAUUGCACGAAUAAAUUUUUCUCUUUUAGAGCCUGCAGCGAAGGAGGUUUGACGUGGUGAGUAAGUGAAAAUUAACAUGCCAUUGACGAAAAUUCAACAGGUGUCUAAUUUUCUUGCCUUAUGUACAAGCUACCCACGUUAUGUACUCAUUAAGAAGCAAUAUUAAGGGAAGCGAAAGGUUAUCGCCAAUGAGAUGUAACUUGUGCGAGUCCGCAAAUAUAAUUAUCAUAGCCCUGUAAUUCGUUAAAUUUGACGCAUUUAUGCCAAUAAGUAGUUAAGAGAUUAAGCCGUGAGAAACUGGGGAGUGAGGAGUUAAAAGUCUCUGGCUAAGUUUGCUUCCUCGUCUUUUCCUCUUCCAAAUCACAUCUUCAAGACCCUCUUGGAAAAAGCAUUCACCUGCGAUACCUCAUCUUUUGCAUUGUUUUUAUCAUGGUUAACACUUGCUAAAUAAAAUAAAUACGCUUUCAGGUAGAUUUACUUAAAACAACAUAAGUUGUUGCCAAACGUAUGGAAAAGCAGAAACAACAACAACAACAAAAACAAACGGACAAAACCCUGCGAAUCCGUGAAGCGCUCUUAGUAACCAACUGAGCUAUCAAUGAUCCGACUAAAAGGAAGCCAUCAUGUUAUUCGUACAAUAAUCGUGAAAUUAUCUAUUUGAUUGUAUUUUCAGCUGGUGGACGAUGGCGCAACAUCUUUCUUGGUCUUGCUUAGGAAUCUCGGGCCUGGAACAACUGGAUUCCGUUGACAGGCCAUCUGUGUCCCUGUCUUAUCUGCUGUAUGGCUUGUUCCUUGUUAUGGUUGUUGUUCUACUCGUCAAUAUGAUGAUUGCCCUGCUCUCCAACACAUAUAACCGUGUAGAGGUACAUUGUAAGAGUAAAACAUCGCUACUUUUGAUGUCAUGUAUCGUCUCGGGAGAUUUUCUGAGAUACAACCUUUAGGUACAAAGCGAUACCUCGAAGGUGUGCAGUUUACUAAUUUUAUAGCCGCCCCUAAUACCCCAGUAUCCAUUUUGUAAAUACCACUACCUUGAACUUGCUUCUUUUUUUAGAGGUUUGCUCGGCUCUCCAAUACCUAUGAACGUAUAGAGGUACACUGUAAACGUAAAACAUCGCUACUUUAGAUGGCAUGUUUUGUUUUAGGAGAUUAUCUGAGAUGAAAACUUCAGGUGCUGAACGGUACCUCGAAGGUGUACGGUUUACUGAAUUUAUGACCGCGCCUGCUAUGACUAACAUGCCAGUAUCCGUUUUGUAUGUCGACUACCUAGAAACUGUUUCUUGUUCUAGCGGUUUUGCGCUGCUCUGCAAUACCUACGAACGUGUGAAGGUAAUUUGCAUGACCAAAACGUUGCUACUUUAAGUUUUGAAUACACUUAAUGCUUCGCCUAGGCUGCAAAGCAGAACCCCGAUGAAAUGUUAAAUUCCGUGCACAACCCACAUUCACUUAAAUUUUAGUUUAAAGCCGAAAGCUUUUGUAAAAUUGAUGUCACCACAAAACAAGUACAGUAAUACAGAAUGUAUUAUAUGAAUCAAUUUCGUCAAUCAUUUUCCUUCAGAAAAAAAGUAAAAAGCGACCAGACUGAAUACCAAUUUAUAUCCUAACACAAAACAGGGCGACAACAUGUCUCAGAGAACGCAAGGAGAAAUUCACCUUUAUCUUUGCACACGUUAAGCAAAACUUUAUACCUCACAACCUUUGCUUUACUGGAUAUUUUGACUUGUGUUUCAGGAAAACUCUCUCAGAGAGUGGUCUUUCAAGAAAGCUACGACCAUUAGAAGUUACAGUUCAUACCACCCAGUUCCAGUUCCUUUCAAUAUUGUAUCACUCGGGGCCAUAGGAUUGUGGAGGCUGUGUCAGGGUGACAAAGGGAACCGAUUUGAUAAAUCUGGAUUUGAUGAGAAAGGAAGGGUAAGGGACGCGGACAAAUUUUUCCUGCGACAGUAUAUAGCACUCGACCAUAAUAUAUCAAACACGACUGGCCGUGUUUCAUCCCACAUCAAGACACUGAAAAGUGGGCUGAAAAAUAAGACGUAGCCGAAUGUUUUAAGCCGACUUCGAGGUGUCUUUACCUGAUUGAGAAAACGUAGUCGCUUUAAAAAUAUCAACUAUGAACGAUGAGGCUUCAACAGAAGGUUGUAUGGGUAUACGUUUAUUAGCAAAGCAAAUUCAAAGACGUUAGUUUUUUUCUGAAACAGCUCACAUUAUCCUGAUUACAAAUAGCUUCUGGUGCAAAUCCCAGGAGUACUCAUUGUUUUGGGUCAUGCCAUUUCUUCUUUUUUCUCUCUUUUCGGAAACCUUUAAGGUGUCAUCUUAUGCCGGAUUUCAAGUGUACGAGGGCGAUCUCUGAAGCCGGAAAUGUGUGCCCAAGGGUAAAGUUGUCGGCUGAUCACCAGGAAAAAAUUGAUUCCUUUUGAGCUUUGUUGGAAUGCAUCGGCGCGAGAAGCUCGUGAUGAUGAAAGUUUUUCUAGAAAGAAUUUUGAAUUCGCAAUGCUAUUAACUUCUAACCAUAAAUCCACUAGAACUCAUCGUUAAUGGUUUGUACUUCUCAAGCGACAACGUUUUGUCAAUCAGGUGGAUACAUCGGAUGAAGCACUGAGUAGGUCGUUUGAUAUAGGUUCUAAAAUUAAGGAUUCCGGAAAAAUUUCCACGCCAUAGCGUUCAUGAUAGUCUACUAGGCUAAUUAAGAUCCGAUAUCCAAACCACUGUUAAGGAAGUCAGAUUUCCUUGGUUUUCUCUUUGUGAAUUAUUGAUGAGUUUGAGAAGUAAUACGGCAUUCGUCAUUUUUACAUCUGCCAUUAUACAUCUUGUUUGCCCCCCCCCCCCCCCCGAAAAAAAGGCAUAGCCUUUGUUUUUUAUGUCUCCUGGGUAUUACAGUACUCUCAAGAGUAAUUGAAAACAAUGCUUAUGCAAAAUUUUUGGGGAGUAAAAAUGAUGCAUUAUGGGAGAUGUUCAAGUGGCGAAUCGGAAUUCACGCUUUUUGUCGUUUUUGAUGUCUCCCUCCUUAGUAUUCAAGUUUGAUCUUGCGGAAAACAGUGUCUUUAGAGUAAGAAAUUGUUGCUAAAACUAACUGAAAAGGUAAAGAAAAAAGAAAGAACAAGGCGAUCAAUGCAGGAAGAAGUUGGUUUGAAAGCCUUGGAGCUAUAAGUGGUUCAUUGGUCAAAGAACUUUCACAAGAGUUGUUCAUUGGUUCAGCAGCUCAAUAGCUGUUGGUAUAUAAAUCAGCGGAACUUAGUUGUUUAUUGCUUGUUAUUAUUGUUUACAUUUUUGUUUCCUUGUUCCCCAGAAAGCUGCUUUAGACAGGCUGGUCGAAAGGCUAGAGAAGACUUACUUUGCAACAUUUGGAUAUACUUUUCCCCUUACAGGUAAGGUAGUGCAAUGAUGGCAAGAGAUGCCAUUCUUGAAGCCAAAGGUCGUGUUGUUUGUGUUCUUAAUUAUCUGCCUCACGGAGAGUGAGACUCAAAGGAGUGAGCAUGCAUGCCUCCCCGCUUGAAGUAAAGCCAACAUUUAACCUAUGAGCCGGAUUACAUGAGCCCUGCUGGCCCGGUUGUGCCAGGCAAGCUCGCUUUGCCGAGAUCUUGGUACCUCAUUAAACACAACAAAAAUCAAUUUCGUGAUUACAUGACAAUCGGGCCAGCCUGGUUAACCGACAUUUCUGCGUACCGGACUGGAAGCUUUCCAUGUAAUCACGCUUGCUGGGCCAGCGAGGCGAACCAAACCAGCAACAGGACAGCGGGUAACACAAUGGAUAUGUGUACUGCUUGAAUUCUCUCUUCUAUCUCUCUGCAAACAUGGUGGCUCCGAAAUGGCCCGCUCCAUGUAAUACCGGAAUAAAAGUUUCCUUUGCAAAGCUAUUAAGCCUGGCAAACUGGGCCAGCCCGGCUCAUGAAAUAACUAUAAUAAGGCCCUAUAUGUUUUGGUCACUUAACUGAAGAUGUUUAAAAAGGUUUGAUACGAAAACAGCGUCACGAGAUGAAUGUUUUGGUACUGAAAUAUACAGUUAUCGGAUUGACCUGGGUUUAAUAAUAUUGUCUUUCAGAGGCGAAAAAGGUCGACCACUUGUUGCAUGAAAUUGAUGGAAGUCGCCGCAUGGCUAAUCAGAUUGCUCAACGAGUGUUUGCUCAGCAGGGUUGUAAGCAGGACAGAUAUAUCGCUGGUGCAGAAGUAAGUAAGCUAAUUAUUAGCCGGAUGCUGCCUUAUUUCAACUCGGUUUGCGGGAUCAUAAAUCGCAAAUCUGGGGUUGUUCUUGGUAGCCCCGAAUUUGACCUUUAAGCCCUGAUAUCAAAAUCUAAAUUCUCAUUUGUUGCCCUAAUAACUUCUUCAUGGAAGUAGAAGGCUCUGAGAAGUCGUUAAAAUUUCACCUUGUGUGAUCAUGUCCUCAAUACUUUUGAACACUUUGAUUAUACUACAUUCAAAAGAAAAAAAAUUAAUUAACUGCACGCAAAAACAAUAGUUGUAGCUUCCUGACGUAAAGUUUAAAAAGAGUCCAAGGUAGGGUCUGCAGCUUGAAAUAUGCUGAUAUUUCCACCUUAUAUUAACGUAAGUUCUUGCUGCAACAAUUCUUAUUCAUCCGUUGAGACUAUUUCAUAGUCCUCUUUUUGCCUUGUCUUACUUUAGGCGUGGGAAUCACUUGGUAUAGGAAUCAAAGGUUGCCUGCUGACAUAUGAAGGCCCUGACUCCUGCCAUUCAUGUAAAGAAAAGGAACCUAAGAGUGUUCAUGGCGCGAGGUGCUUGACGCCAUUCACGCGAGAAAAACCGCGGAUCGAGGUGAGAAUUUUUAUUGAAAAUUUGUUGGAAAGAGGUACCUAAACCUGAAUAAGCAUCUCUGUCCAGGGUGAAAGGUUGUAGAGGGCCCUUCAUAAAGAAAGAUGACCAAAGUAUCUGGACAUUAUUGUACCACUUGGUUUGAAAUUAUUAUUAAUAGUUAUUUUGCUCUAUUGGAUUUUUUUUCAUUGUUUUCAUCUUUCUCGGGCAGAUUUUGCACUUCUCCACGCCCACUUCGUGCUUGCCUUCGCUCGCCUGAAAAAGUGAAAAGUAGCACCUGUUUUACAGGCUACAUCAUCAAGAAUUACAUUGACUUGAUUAUUUCUUUGCCUACAGGUGCUAAUCCAGGAGAGUGGUGAAAGACGUAUUCUUGGACUGGGUGUGGUAUUUGAAGGGUACGACAGUCACUGGAUGCCUGGAUGGGAGGCAGGAACAGUAGGCUAUCACGUGGACGAUGGCAAAAUAUUCGAAGCUGGUUUCGAGGAUUUUGGCAGGGACGUCGAAGGUAAUAAGACUACUUUAAGGGAGGCCGUAAAGGCUACAGUAAUUUGGUCGAUGUUUUAAUGAACUCCAAAUUAUAUUAACUUAAAGCUAAGCCUCAUAUCAAAAACAUCAUGCUUUUUAACGAAUGAGCUAGUCUAAGGCUCGGUUCAAACGACGCAUUGACAGGUGCCAAAUAUAAUGCCAAUGAGAGAACAAUAAAUGUUUCUCAUUAGCAUCAAAUUCGGCACGCGUGAAAUGGGACGUUUACUGGACCUAAUGUUUGUGCAGCGCCCGAUCAAAAGUUUGCCGGUAAUUGGCGCCGACAAGCCGGCAGUUUCAGUAUUAUUUUAAAACCUUUGUUUUAGUAAACUUUCAAAGCGUUUAGCCAAUUAACAGCGUUUUGCUGUUUUGGUUUAAGUCACAAAUUGAAAAUGAAAAUGGCAGCCUUAGCUAUCGAGUACAAAUUUCUUCUCGUUUCACUACGGUCAGGCCAAGGAGUGGGAACCAUGCAAAUCAAUUGAUCAACCACUCAAAUUGGGAGCUGGCACUCUACCGGAGCCAUUCAAUAUUGUCAGGCGUCACAUGCUACCUUUGAUUCGCAAUAAAAGAAAUCUUCUUUUUCAGAGGCUAUGGCGUACCGUGGUGAUCUCAUCGCAUGCGAAGUUGACUUCAGUGGUGUAAGAAAUGGCAAGCUUCCAGUCGUGUUCUUCUUAAAUGGCAGAGAGAUUGCUCGCGCGUGGACGAAACGCAUUUCUGAAGAAAUAAAAGUGUUUCCCUUUAUUUCAAUGGCAUAUGAAGGAAUUCGGGUUCUCGCCAAGGUAUGACUAAUCAUUGGCACAUCCUUUCUAAGAAGAAUAAUUUCGUUUAGCUCCAGCCCCUUUCCCUCCUUUUUAAAUAUUUCCGAACGAGUGCGAGACAAUAUUGAGCACGAGGAGGGUGAAAUUUCGGCAAGCCACUCCAUCAGAAGUGGUGAGUCGGGGUGGAGGAGGGGGCGCUCUCUGGCUGCAAGGGUACUGGUCUUUUUUGGUCCAAAAAUAACGAGAGAGAGAGAAGUGAUGGGGGGGGGGGAAGUGUACCAGGGCCUUUUCCCAAGAUCCACCACAGCUGAAUUUUCUUGAUGUAGUUUUCUAACUGAUGAUCAUGAACUGUCGUUCUGGAAGUCCAAUCUAAAUGUCGGGGAUUUCUACGACCCCGUACAACUGUACACUCAGCAGUCAAGAGGGAUUAUUACACUCCACCGAUCUAAUACAAUUACUUCCAACGAUCAGACGCGACUGAACUAACUGCAUUUUAAGUGUGUUUACUAGGUUUUUCUUCUGUCCUUGCGAAAGACAGUAUUUUUCCAUAAAUCACAUGCUGUUCAGUAAAAUCCCGAAUGUAUUAAUAAUGUGCCUAAAUGAAGUUCCUAUUGCAAAGUCACUCGUUUCUCCUCCUUAUUCAACCUAAGUACAUCCAUUCAGUUACAUCAUUUCAUCCAUUUCUUUUCUGAAUUGCCGGUAUAGAUGUGCCCAGGUGACAGCAGUAUGUCCCAAAUAUCUCAUGCGCCUUCUGCACAGCGUCUUGCUAGGGAUGUUGGGAUAGAAAAGGAAUUAACUGACUGCCUGCAGAAACAGUUCCUUAAACUGAAAGACGACAUGGAGACAAUGGAACGAGAAAGAAAGGUACAGGCGACUGAAUUCCAAGAAAGACUCGAUAAACAGUGGCAAUUGCUGACGGAAAUACGAAACUUAGUGAUGCUUUCCAACCGAGAAGGGAAGAGAAAAGAACUUGAUGAGAACUGA